GCGUUCUCCUUUCCAACGGCCAUCUCGGCCUUCUCUCUGUCGGAUGCCUGGAACGCUGGAAACCUCGUGCCUUCUCCUUACAUUAUAAGAACUCUCUGUCGGCCCCGGCGAGAUCCCAGUUCUGGGGUUUCGAAACCAAGAAGUCGUCGCGUUGAUCAGGGUUUUAUUUCUCUGCUCGAUCGAAGCGUCGGCAACUCCCGGGGAUUGUCGGUCAUGGCGUCCUUCCGGCCGUUCCCCCCUCCUCCUCCCCCCCCAGUCCUCCUUUCCUCCGCCGCCGCCCUCGCAGGCGCCCGCGCAGAACCA